GGCGAGGCGAGGCCCCUAGAGGACAUGGUGUUUGAGACCCGGGGCUUGCUGACCACCAAGUCUUUCGAGAACCUCGGCGCACCGGAAGCGACCAGGCGCGCCCAACCGGGCGAGCAGCGGCCGCUCCAGACCCGAGGCCCGCGCGGCUGCAACCUCGCACCUGCUCGCUGUCGCGCACCCGGCUUUCGGCGCACCCACACCCCAGCGAGUGCCGCGGCGGCCGCCUGGGAGGGUUGAAACAAUGGCCAAAAGAAUUGCUGAGAAGGAAUUGACCGACAGGAACUGGGAUCAAGAAGACGAAGCAGAGGAGGUGGGAACAUUCUCAGUGGCCAGUGAGGAAGUCUUGAAGAAUAGAGCCAUAAAGAAAGCAAAGCGUAGAAAUGUUGGAUUUGAAUCUGAUAGCGGAGGGGCCUUUAAAGGUUUUAAAGGUUUGGUCGUACCAUCUGGAGGAGGAGGGUUUUCUGGAUUUGGUAACGGUGCCGGAGGGAAGCCUCUGGAAGGACUGUCUAACGGAAGCAGCAUAACUAGUGCCCCUCCCUUCUCCAGUGCCAGGGCAGCCGGCGAGACCAAGGCAGCCUUUGGAUCUGUUGCCACAAAUGGUCCUACCUCCUUGGUCGAUAAAAAGAUUUUAAAUCCCAAAACUAACGGUGACAGCCAGCAGCCCUCUUCCUCCGGCCUCCCCUCUAGCACGGCCUGCCCCAGGAACGCCUAUCACAAGCAGCUGGCUGCCUUAAACUGCUCGGUGCGGGACUGGAUCGUGAAGCACGUGAACACAAACCCGCUCUGCGACCUGACGCCCAUCUUCAAAGACUACGAGAAAUACCUGGCAGGGAUCGAGCAGCAGCUCGGGAGCAGCGGCAGCUGCAGGGAUUCCGAAGGCGACUCCGACAAGACGCCCGGCGCCACCCCGUCUCCCUCCCUCUUUGGGUCAACGAAGUCACAGCAGGAGUCAACAUUUUUGUUUCAUGGCGGCAAAACCGAGGACACGUCCGAAAAGAAGACGGAGGCGGAUCCUGAAAAGAAAGCGGACCCGUCGGCGGGAGCAGCAGGUGCCUCGUUUCACUUUAGCAAGAAGAUCGAGAGUUCUGCCUUGGGCUCCUUAAACUCUGGCCCCCUGACUGGGUUUUCAUUCUCUUCUGGAAACUCCGGUUUAUUUGGCAAAGAUAUUAGCCAGAAUAAACCGGUCUCUUCACCGUUCGCCACAAAGACGCUGGAGGUACAAGCCGACGGCGGCAGCAACGAACGCAAAGGCGGAGAUGAAGAAGAGAAUGACGAGCCACCCAAAGUAGUAGUUACUGAAGUGAAAGAAGAAGAUGCGUUUUACUCCAAAAAGUGUAAACUAUUUUACAAGAAAGACAAUGAAUUUAAAGAGAAAGGUGUGGGUACUUUGCAUUUAAAACCUACAACAAAUCAGAAGACACAGCUUUUAGUGCGGGCAGACACCAAUUUAGGCAACAUACUGCUGAAUGUCCUGAUCCCGCCCAAUAUGCCGUGCACCCGAACGGGGAAAAACAACGUACUUAUUGUGUGUGUCCCAAACCCACCCAUCGAUGAGAAGAACGCCACCGUCCCGGUCACCAUGUUAAUCCGGGUAAAAACAGGUGAGGACGCAGAUGAGCUGCACAAAAUUUUACUGGAGAAAAAGGACGCCUGAACGCCCUCCCUCUGCGGAGUCGCUGCCGAGCUGCUGCCCCCCCUCCCCCGCCCUCCGCGUAGUCAGCCCGCCGCGGACGGUAACU